AUGCUUUGUUACCCAGAGCAGUUUACCAUUGCCGAUGACGAAACACCAUUAGAAGAAUUGAAAACACCAGAAAUAUUUUCUUGUAAUAAUCCGUUCAAUAAUUCAUGGCUGCUAAAUCAACCUGAAAAACAAAUAAAAUCAACGGAAACAUCAGAUUUAUUCGUUACUAAUGACUUUACAGAUGAAGUUUUACAGGUAGUCGAUAAAGAUGACUUUACUCCUUCAAUGUCGUUCUCUCCAGCAGAUUCUUCUUCUGAUGGUCUUCCAUCGCCCUCAACAUUACCAUCAGAACCACCGUCUUUAGAAACAACUUUAGCACAUGCAAUAGAGCCAAAAAAGCUAGCUGAAUGGAUGGUAGAAGAUUAUGUGUCGCAUAAAAGACGAAGACCAUACUUACAAGAAUUUCUUCGGUUGCUAUUGGACAAACCACAUUAUCUAGAUCACGCAUCGUAUAUCAAUAUAAAUAAAGGUAUAUUCAAGUUGCAUAAACCACAAGAAAUAGCGACACUGUGGCAAAAUGUCAAGGGGAGGUAUACUGUUCGCAAUAUGACAUACGAUAAAAUGGCUCGAGCACUUCGAUUGUAUUAUAAAUCAGGUAUUAUGACACCAGUGAACGGACGAUAUACUUUUCAAUUUGGACCACAGUCUGGUUUUAAUACAUCAUGGAUACCAAAGUUGAAUGCACAUAAAUCACUCACAUAUUCAACAAAUCAUCCAAUUAGUAAUGCUAAAUAA